CGGCGCAUCCCAUGCCGGGCGGGCAGCGAGGGAAGCGGCCGCGGCCGGGCGGCUCCGGCGCCGCCAGCCCCGCGCCCAUGGCCGGCGGUACCGAGCGCGGCGGCUCCGCGGGGCGCGGCACCAAAGGUCUGUUCUCAAACAUCUGGCUGUGGCGAGCUGUCACUGGUGUCCUUACUGCUGCUGUCAUUUUGAUUUCAUGUAUUCAGUUUGUAAAGCCUUCUCUGGCCAAAGAGUUUCCUGUGUGUCCUCCCCUGGACCUGUGUCCAUCAGGCUGGCUGUACUUCCAGAGGAAGUGUUACUUCCUCUCAGAGAGUGAAGCUGCCUGGAACUCCAGCCAGAGCCAGUGCUCUUCCCACAACGCUUCCCUGCUGGUCAUCGAGAAUCAUCAGGAGCUGAGGUUUAUGAUGAAGAUAACAAAGCAAGACCCAUGGAUUGGACUCUAUAAAAGAAAUGAAGAGUUCUUUUGGGUAAAUGGAAAAGCAUUAGACAAUGAACUGUUUGAAGUAAAAGGCUCUGGCAGCUGUGCCUAUCUGGAGUCCAAAGGAGUCUCAGCCUCAGGAUGUUACUUAACCAGGAAAUGGGUCUGCAGCUUGAAUAUCAACUCAGCACAAUAAAGCUCUUUCAGAGGUUUAACCAUGUCUGCAGUGAAGGGGUGAAGCAGGAGGCAGGAUCUACUCACACUGCUUGGCUUGUAUGGCCACAACUCCCAGCAGGAUGAGCACGAGGACUGCCAGGACCAGCGCCACGUAGAACCAGGCUGAGAACCUGUGCUGGCAGCCUGCAGGGAGGCAGGAGGAAGAGCAGCUUAAGGUCCUGGCACUCUUAAACUUAACACUGGGGAAACAGAGAAAUCAUCUGCCUAAAAUCACUCUACUGUCAGGAGGA